AUGUUGCUGACGUCGACCGACGGGAAGCUGCCGGAAGACAAACUUGAGCAAGACAAAAUGAGCGCCGAGCCCAUUCUGAUGAGCAACCUGACGCAGGAGUGGGUGGCGAGCCUUCGACGCUGGCACCUGGAGCUCUUCUUCAUCCCCACCACCGUGGUGGUCACCCUGGCCACCAUGCUGGUGAACCCCAUCCUGUUGGCGUGCAUCUUGGCAUCGCGAGCCUUACGCCGGGAGACGCGCUACCUCCUGGUGGCCAACACCUUGGCGGCGGACAUGUUGUUCCUCACCCUCAACCUGACUACCGCCGUCCUCAACGCGGCCCGGCUCGAAGUCCCGUGGCUGGCGUGCGAGCUGCUCACGGCCGUCACCGUCACGGCCUACUGCUGCGCCAUCCUCACCGUCACCCUCAUGGUGGUGGACACCUACGCGGCCGUGCGCUGGCCGCUGCACUACCACGACCUUCUCCCGCCCGCUCGAGCCCACAGAAUCCUGCUGGGGGCGUGGGUACUGGCAGCGAGCUACCCGUUCACGCUGGUCAUCCUGAUGGAGAUGGAGAGGGAGAACCUACGCGGGAACCCCGCCGUGUGCCUGGUCCUCAUCUCCCUGGGUUUCAUUCAAGCCCAAAACACGGCGGGGAUUAACAUCUAUUUCUUCGUGGCCGCUCUCAUCUGCGCCGCGCUCAUCUUCUACUGCUACGUUCGCCUCUACAUGGAAACCAGAACCCAAGGCAUCUGGCAGAGUCGCUUCUCCAGAGCUCGGGUCACCGUGUUGGCCCACGGGGUCCUGCUCCUUCUUUACUUUGCCCCCGGUUUCGUCUUCACCCUGGAGCUGCUUCUGUUUCAGAGUGAAAACGUUAGCCAGGAUGUCAGAGUGUGGGUGAGCACGGUUAACAUGUGCGUGUUCAUGCUUCUUCCCAGGGCGUUUGCUCCUUAUCUGUACGGGCUACGCUACCGCGAGAUCUCCGACACGCUGUUGCAGCUUCUGCAGCGGCACCGAAGACUCAGCCAGAUGACUGUCGCGUAAUCACGUUCAGUGACGUCGGCCAAAAACCAACAUUGACGACCGUCCUUGGCCUCCGUGUGAGCUUCCGCCCGUGUGAGAUGGGCACAAAUGGCUCGCUGCUCAUACUUCCGAAGAAUUUGCGAAGAUUUGGAAAACGCCCUUCGAAAACCAGCAUCACUAACUUGCUCACAUUUACAGACCAGGUACAGAGUUUUUCGUCAUAGACUCGUCUCUGAUUGAAAUUUGAUUUGCGGCUUCAUGUACAUAUUUGAAUUUAGAGGUCACUGUAUAAUUUACUCCCCGCUGCUCAUGUUCAUUAAUACUCGUUUUAAACUGAUCUGUUGAGUGUUUUAUUUAGCCAACUUAAUUUUCAUGUGCAAGUGCAACUGCCAUUUCUACUUUGGUUAUGUUUCUAAUCUUUGAUCCCAAUAACGUUGAUAC